UAUGAGGACAGCGGUGAGGCGGUUGAAGGUGGAGGUGGGAGUACAUCAGGGAUCUGCUCUGAGCUCCUGCUUGUUUGCAGCACUGAUCGACGGAAUGGCUGAUGAGGCCAGGCAGGCGACUCUGUGAUCUGCAGGAGGAAGGAGGGAGGUUGAGACAGUCUGCAUGUGUGCAGAGGAGGGAGGAUGAUGAUUAAGCUGAUGGCAGGAAGAGAAGAGGAAGAGCUCAGACAAACUUCGUGGAUGCAGUGAAGGAGGACGUGCAGAGGAGGACGAGCCGCUGAGGAAAAGAAGAGUCUUGUCGCUUCUACACUACAUCUCCCAGAAUCCUCGGGGCUGGUGUUGGUGACGUCAUAUUCCCUCGCCCCGGUCCGCUCUUUCCCUCCUCUGUUUAAGUUUUGGUUCCUUUGCUUCUGUUUCGGUGUUUGUGCCGUGUUCGUUUUAAAGGAGCUCGGUGUGUUUGUGGGAGCGGCAUGGGUCCCGUGGAGCUGCUGCACAUGUCCGUGUUCUCUCAGAGUUUCUCUCCCUGCGGUCGCUUCCUGGCAGCUGGAAACAACUACGGCGAGAUCGCAGUGUUCAGUUUGUCUGCAGCUCUGAGUCCAGACGCCACCACGCUCAACCAGAAACCUGUUCUGACCUUCACAGCUCAUGAGGGGCCGGUCUUUUCCCUUCUGUCCACUGACUGCCACCUGCUGAGCGCGGGAAAUGGCGAGAUCAGCGCCUGGAGCUGGAGCGAGCUCACCAAGAAGAACGUCAAACCUCUGUGGACCCGAAGACCGAACUACAAAUCCAGCCUGGAGAUCCCAGAGAUCAACUCCAUGACCAUUAACCCCAGAGAUAACAGCCUGGUGGUUGGAGGAGGCGAUAACAACAUCCAUGUCAUGGACCUGGAAAACGGUGUGUUCAAGACGGUCCUUCAGGGUCACUCGGACUACGUCCACUGCGUGACUGUAAGAGAGAGGGAGGCGGAGAUCCUGUCGGGGGGAGAGGACGGAGCAGUGAGGGUGUGGGACAGCAGGACGGGUCAGUGCGUUCACUGCAUCGAGGUCUACAAGUACGAGGUGUGUGCGCGUCCUCAGUACGGUAAAUGGAUCAGCUGCGUGACCACCGACUCCGACUGGAUGCUGUGCGGCGGCGGACCGUCUCUGUCUCUGUGGCACCUCCGCUCGCUGUCACCGACCUCCAUCUUUAACCUGAGCGGGUGCCAACGACAGGCCACCUUCCACCAGGACUUGAUCCUAACGGUGGGUGAAGGUGCGUUCGUGUCGCACUGCCUGCUGAGCGGCGAGGUCAAAGCUCAGAUUCCCUGCACGCCACAGAGCCUGAACACGCUGCAGCUCAACAACAACAGCACCGAGCACCGGGUGCUGACGGUCGGCGGCGGCAGCGACCGUAUCGACGUGUUCACCAACCUGUCCUACAGAGCCUUCUCCCUCAGAUUCUGAACCUCCGAACUUCAUGAGACCCCCCCCCC